AAAACGGUUCAGAAAACCUCCCCGUCCCCACCCCCACCCCCACCCCCACUCCCUUCCGUCUCUCUCUCUCUCUCUCUCUCUCUCUCUCUCUCUCCUCACUGUCCAAUUCUCUCUCCUCGGAACCCUAAUCUCACUUGAAGCUAACAUAACCCAAUUUCACUCCCUGCAGUUUCUGAUUUCCUAUCCGAAUUGAGACUAGGGCUCAAAUCAAGCUCAUGACCAACCUUUAAUGGCCUUUACUCACUAGAAUUCUCGAACCAUGUCCGUUGCAGAACUCAAAGAGCGCCACGUGGCCGCCACAGAGACUGUGAACUCUCUCCGAGAGCGUUUGAAGCACAAGCGCCUCCUUCUCCUCGACACCGAUGUGGCGGGAUAUGCAAGAUCGCAAGGGAAGUCUCCGAUAACGUUCGGCCCGACGGAUCUAGUUUGUUGCAGGACGUUGCAGGGGCAUACUGGGAAGGUUUAUUCACUAGAUUGGACUCCUGAAAAGAAUCGCAUUGUCAGUGCAUCUCAAGAUGGGAGGCUAAUUGUAUGGAAUGGUCUCACAAGCCAGAAAACUCAUGCCAUAAAGCUACCUUGUGCAUGGGUCAUGACGUGUGCCUUCUCUCCUACUGGGCAGACUGUUGCUUGUGGUGGCCUUGAUAGUGUAUGCUCCAUCUUCAACCUGAAUUCGCCCACCGACAAGGAUGGGAAUCUACCUGUGUCAAAAAUGCUUAGUGGGCACAAGGGUUACGUUUCCUGUUGUCAGUAUGUUCCAGAUGAAGAUACUCAUCUCAUAACAAGUUCUGGUGACCAGACAUGCGUUUUAUGGGAUAUAACUACUGGCCUCCGAACUUCAGUUUUUGGAGGUGAAUUCCAAUCUGGACACACUGCUGAUGUACUGAGCGUCUCAGUCAAUGGAUCGAACUCAAAACAGUUUGUAUCUGGUUCUUGUGAUGCAACUGCCCGAUUGUGGGACACUCGCGUUGCCAGUCGAGCAGUCCGGACAUUUCAUGGUCAUGAGGGAGAUGUUAAUGCCGUGAAGUUCUUUCCUGAUGGAAAUAGAUUUGGAACUGGUUCAGAUGAUGGAACUUGCAGGUUAUUUGACAUUAGGACAGGGCACCAGCUCCAAGUAUACUAUCAGCAGCAUGGAGACAAUGAUGUCCCCCCUGUGACUUCCAUUGCUUUCUCCAUAUCAGGAAGGCUUCUCUUUGCUGGGUACUCAAAUGGUGAUUGCUAUGUAUGGGACACGUUACUUGCAAAGGUGGUUUUGAACUUGGGAUCUCUACAAAACUCACAUGAGGGUCGGAUCAGUUGUUUGGGUUUGUCAGCUGAUGGGAGUGCCUUAUGUACAGGAAGUUGGGAUACAAACCUGAAGAUUUGGGCUUUUGGUGGGCAUAGAAGAGUGAUCUGAGUAGUUGGCAUCUAAAUGCGUAUGGCUGUUGUCUGACCUUGUUUAAGUUUUAAAAUCCGUCCUCCACCCCGUCCCUCUUCCCCCACCCCCCCACACCCCACCCCCCCCCUCUUGUAAAAGCCUUUGAAUCUAUUUAGGUACUCUGUUUUGGGAAUUCGUAAUCUUGUACUGUUUAUUCUUGAAAUGCUAUUUUGGACAGGGAAAAAGGAGUGUAGUCUUGGAGGCGGUAAAUCGAAGAAGCCAUUUGUUUGCUUUUA